UCAGGAUGAAUUAGACAGCGUAUUGCCAUGUGACUUGCCGGGUUCCCGUGGUUACCGGCACACGCCGCAGCAGUAAGCAGCGAGGUGAGGAGAAGCGGGAGCCGGGCCCGGUGUGUGUCCCCUGUAGCCAGGCUUACGUGUUGUAUACUGUAUAAGGGGACAGAGCUCGGGAAGAAGCUGGUCAGUUGCACGGAUAGGACUUCCAAGUCGGAGAAAAUUAAGACUUGGUAUAGAGCUUCGCCAUAAUGGCUACUGGACGUGGUUGGAUUAAUCAGCAGCACAUUGACCAAAUGCAGAGACUGAAAUCUGGACCAGUGACCACAUCUCGUACACGUCAAACAUGUUCAUCAAAGGUGAAGCAAAACUGCACUAAAGCUUCAAAUGAAAGUUCAACAAACAUAGGUACUUUUGGAAACAAACACAAACACAAAAGGAAUCUAAAAUUGGUCAAAAAAAUGUGCGUAGGAAAAAUUGCGUACAUAGAGAGCCUUCCAUCUGAAAUACUACUGAAAAUUCUGUCAUAUUUAGAUCCCAUCUCACUGAUGUGUAUUGGUAGUGUUAAUAAGCAAUUCUACGAGCUGUCCAAGGACAACCUAAUAUGGUAUAAUAUUUUUUGUCUAAGAAAAAAACUGCGCUGGGAUUGCAUAUCUGUAAACUCGUUGGGGAAGAAAUUAGCUGAGACUACAUUUACUGAUAAACAGCAAGGCUAUUGGAAGAAAACCUACAUAAAUGAAAUAAUAGCUGGUAGAGAAAAUAGAAUUAACAAAAUUUUGAGAUCUGCAAAGAAUUACAGUGCCAGUGGAGUGCCGGCUAAUAUGGAAAAGGCAGUAAAGAUGUCUGGAUUGAUUUGGGCCCUUACAUUCAAAGAUGUCAAUGGAAAGGAAACAGUCAUUGAGCAGACUGAUAUUCAGUUCCGAGAUACAUCCCUUACUAUAACUUGGAAUAGUUAUCUUUGGCCGGUCUUUACCUCCCUGACCACAAUUCAGCUACAUGGAAUUACACCAGUUCUAAUUGAUAAAUGCUUGGGCCCUUGUAAAAUUGGACUUCGAAGGCUUUCACUCAUUGUGGAAUAUAACUUGAUGGAUCCCAGGAAAUGUAUUGGCCAGGACAAGCAUGUUAAACUACUUUAUUUUAAGCCUGGUCUAUUGCUUGGAUUGUGGAAGAAGAGUCCUGAAAUAGCAUUUGUAAUGGCCACACUACAUUAUCAUAACCUGCUUGAGAAGAGCUUUUGGGGAUCUCCUGAAAGCCCAUACACCUUCCCAACACAUAUUCCAGUCUUGGAUGAUGUUGACUCAGAAUAUGGGCUUCAUGGGUAUCGGCUCCAUAUUGAUAUGUACAGUGGACCAAGAACAUACCUAUGCAGAACUUUUCGUGGAUUGUUUUGUCGAAAAGAGUAUAUAAAAAGUGGUUAUCUACAGAUGACAGCCAUAGGUAUUAAGAACAACAAAGAACAUGCUCCUCUUGUGGGUAAAGUCGACUUUCUGUGGGACACGCUAUCAUUUAGUGGCAGUAUACAGAACUGCUUUAUGAUGGAUGUUACCCUUUUGGAUGAAACAGAUACACCAUAUUGGUGUUUCAGUUCUGCAGUUGAGCUGUGUCCAAACAAAUUCCCUGAAACGCUCUAUGACUUCAUGGGGCAGAGCUUUAAUCUGAACUACAAAGACUCAGUGGGAAGGGUUUAUGCUGAACUUAUUUGGAUGAAAGAAACAGAGGAAUAUUAUUUAAUAAACUUAAAACUCUAUUUAAAUACAGAGAAAGUGAACAGCUAUUUUGGCACAAACUACACAGAUUAUGCUGAUUAAACAAGAGAUACAUUUGGAUCUUCCAUGAAUUUUUCCAUAUUGAAGUGCUUUAAGAUGAAGACAAGGAGUUUUACAGAUAUAUUGCUACGUAUCUAUAGUGUAUGAGAUUCCUGGUUAAAUAUAUUAGCCUGCGAACUUCAGACAUUGGCUCUUUUCCAGCGAGUCUGCUUAAUGUUUUAAACUAGCAACCAGUUGGGUAUUGACUUUUAAAAGAUUGCUCCUUAAGAAAAUUCGGAAAAGACUCACUGGGAACCCAUCAAUGCCUGCAGUUUGCAGGCUAUUAUAUGUACCCCUCCAAGUUACUGUAGUUAUGUUUUCCAAUAUCCAUAAACAAAAAUAAGCUAAAUGAUAAGCCGUUCCCUUGUCUGUCACAUAAGACCCUAUCUCAUGUACACUUACACAUUCUGUGAUGCUAAGAAGAUGCUUCUUGAAAACUCUUUUCGAGCAACAUGUAUAUUUUUAUGCUGAGUUAAAAUUGGGUUUGGUUCCUUCUGUAGUUAAGUAAAGGUGUCUUCUACUAGACAGAGUAGGAGACUCCUUUUGAUUUUGAAAACUAUUGUAGGUGAGUGUGUUUUUUAAUGAUACUUCAUCAAAAAAAAUAUUUUUCUCUGAAAUGGAAAGGAGAUGGGAUGGUUAAAGAUUUGUUUAAGAUCAUUAUACAUCCUUUAUAUAUAAUUUUUUUACUGUAUGUAGCUACUGUAUGUGUAGCUACUAUAGUCAUACUUUUUUUUUGGGGGGGGGCUACUUUUGUUUAAAAUGUGUAUAAUAGCUAAAGUAUACAAGUUUUCAAUUUGUGUUUUGGAUUAGUAUUGUUACAUUUUACUGUAUUUCCUUAAUAUACAGUAGUUAUCUGUAUGUUAAAUUGUCAAAAGAAUAAAAAUGCAUGAAACAUUCAUAAACUCA